AAAUAAAGAAAUAUAUCCGGAACAAAAGGAGAAAACAGAAAUCAAAAAGUUUCGACGAAAUGUUUUAGGGGGAGAACUGGCUACAGUCGUCAGCGCAGAGCAGUUGACAGCUGCUUCGAGGCCGUCAAUGACACAGGAACAUGGCUCAGAGCUGGAGUAACUUUUUCUUCUCUCUACUCGAUUACAAGACGGAGAAAUUUGUCAUCGCUAAAAACAAAAAGAUCGGAGUUCUGUUCAGACUCUUUCAGCUGGCGGUGAUUGGAUAUCUGAUCGGGUGGGUUUUUAUUUGGAAGAAAGGAUAUCAGGAGACUGAUGAAGCCAUCCAGAGUUCUGUGACCACCAAACUCAAGGGUGUAGAUUUCACCAACAGCUCUCAGUUUGGUCUGCAGCUAUGGGGUGCAGAGGACUAUGUCAUCCCUCCACAAGGGGACAGGGUCUUCUUUAUUGUGACAAAUUACCUAGUGACACCAAACCAAAGACUGGGUUUCUGCCCUGAGAGUCCGAAAGUGCCAGAUGGUUUUUGUACUAAUAACAGUGAAUGUGUCGAAGGGGAAACUGUUAUAGCAGGCCAUGGAGUGAAGACAGGCCGCUGUCUAAACGACACAGGAACCUGUGAGAUUCAAGGAUGGUGCCCUGUUGAGCAUGGCCGCACACCAACGGAGCCCAUGCUGGCAAAGGCAGAAAACUUCACAGUCUUUGUAAAGAACUUCAUCAAGUUUCCAAAAUUUACCUUCUCCAAAGCAAACGUCCUGCCUACCACCAACAGCACAUACCUCAAGACAUGCAGAUAUGACAAGGACCAUCAUCCCUAUUGUCCCAUCUUUCUUGUGGGAGAUGUGAUUAACUGGACUGGAUACAAUUUCCAGAACUUGGCAACAAAGGGUGGUUCAAUUGCAGUAGGAAUCGAGUGGAAUUGUGAUCUGGAUAAAGAUGAAUCUCAGUGUAACCCUGAAUAUAGCUUCACACGCUUGGAUUCCUCUGACAAGUCACAGCACUCAGUCACCUCUGGUUACAACUUUAGAUUUGCUCGAUACUACAGUGAUGCAGCAGGUCAAACCUAUCGGAAUCUGUUUAAAGUGUAUGGCAUUCGCUUUGAUAUAUUAGUGAAUGGAAAGGCUGGGAAAUUCAGUAUCAUUCCUACAGUGAUCAAGAUUGGCUCUGGACUUGCUUUAAUGGGUGCUGGGGUUUUUGUCUGUGACAUGAUUCUGCUCUACAUGAUGAGCAAAAGCUCCUUCUACAGAGAGACAAAAUUCGAGGCAAUCACAAAAAAACAAUCUGGAAAGCACAGAGAGAGAAAGCAUGUAAGACACCACGGUCAUCGUCGACAAGAUGGGCGACACAAGAGGGAGGAGAAACAGGAAACAGAGAUGCAGCCAUUGACAUCAGUGUCAUCUCAGCCCAAUAACAACCCAGAGAAUCAGAUCCAGCCCACAAGCUCAGCGCUCAAAACCCACAGUCCUGAGAGAAAGCCACAGGCUACAGUGUCAUUCAGGACAGAAAAACAGACCAUUUCUCCUGUUUCAACUUUGAGAACACCACGCAACCAGUAGAGGAUUUUUCUGACGCUCAUUCCCAUUGGAUUUACUGUGGAUGUAUGAAGGGAGUUGUUAUAACGGGUCUGUGCUCAGUCAUACCAAAGAUGAAUAGUGCCAGUUUCGUUUAUGCUCUCCUACACUCUUAAAAUGAUUCUACACAGUACCAAAUUUGGGUUCUUCAGACAGAACAGAGCUGGUCACAAUUACAUGUUCUGUUAAACUAAAAAGAGAAAAAGACAAGAUUGGUAGGAAAACAGUUACAAAUUAAGUUAAAAUUUAUAUACAUUUUAAGAAAGAAACCCUUUACCUGUUGAGAGUGUGCUGACAGUCUAUGUAAUAGGAAUUAUGUCGAACGUCGCAUGACCAAACCGGAACACUGGUCUUAUCACAUCCGCUUGUCUGAGAAAGUGUUAACAGCCGUUUGAACUGACGCCGAUAUCUAUGGACUUUUAAGGUAAUCAGCUAACCUACCUAGUUCACUUUGUUAUAUG